GACUCUGUGAUUCUACGUUUCAGUGAUGUGGAAACAGAACCGCAGGGAACAAAUUAACAAACCCAAAGAAACGUUAAGAAUUUCCUUCAACUGUUUUCUUCGUGUUAAGAGUUGUCGUUCCUGUUUUGUAUCAGGUGUCUGCACGACUGGUUAUUCCCAUAGAUGCCGGCUGACCAAAGCGUUGACAGGGUUUUCUCGGCAGGUUUGUCAAAUUUCUAAAAAUCCAAUAUUAGUCUGUGGUGCUAGGAGGAUCAGGCGAGCCAACGGCAAGACCUGACCGCUCGAAAUUGGGAGAGAGAAGCAGCUGGUGUUUAAUGCAACACUGUACUUCUUGUCUAUGGCCGCCAGUUGGUGCCCUCCAAGAGAAGCACUCGUUUGGGUAAAUUAACUUUUAGCCAAUGACGUUUGGAGUCGGAGAUUACACACUCUCUUCUGUGGAGUUGAACCCGAUUGGAUUGUCAAUCGCAGUCAAUGUGGAUGAAAGUUCAGAGAGAUCUGCGCAACUUGUGUGAAGAAAGUAGGAGACGUGUUCUGUCUGCAAGAUGUCAUCACGACCGAGUCCCCAAAACUACGAGAGUGAAAAAACAAAGAAAGUCGUGAUUGUUGGAGGUGGCUUGGUUGGUGCUUUAAAUGCCUGUUUCUUCGCAAAGCGGGGCUUCCAGGUGGAAGUUUAUGAAGCACGGAAAGAUAUUCGAACUGCUAAAGAUGUAAGGGGAAGAAGUAUCAAUCUUGCCUUGUCUCACAGAGGUCGGCAGGCUCUGAAAGCUGUUGGAAUGGAAGACCGGGUCGUUUCCAAGGGCAUUCCCAUGAACGCCAGGAUGAUCCAUUCUCUUUCGGGCAAGAAGUCCUCACUUCCUUAUGGAAAAACAGGCCAGUAUAUCCUGUCAGUGGACAGAGCAAAGUUAAACCAAAUAUUGUUAUCUGCUGCUAGCCAGUACCCAAAUGUUAAGUUAAACUUUGAAGAGAAGUUGCAACACUACAGUGUGGAGAAGGGGUUGCUGACCUUUAUCAGACCCGAUAGCUCCACCUUUGAAGUUUCACAUGAUCUUGUUGUUGGAUGCGAUGGAGCUUUUUCAACUGUAAGGAAACAAUUCAUGCGACAACCCAGAUUUGAUUACAGCCACGUUUACAUUCCUCAUGGUUACAUGGAGCUUACAAUGCCUCCUAAAAAUGGUGGUUUUGCAAUGGAACCCAAUUUUCUUCACAUAUGGCCCAGAAACACCUUUAUGAUGAUUGCCUUGCCUAACUUGAACAAGUCAUUCACGUGCACUCUCUUCAUGCCUUUUGAAGAAUUUGAGAAGCUCACGACAGGAGAUGAAGUGCUUCAGUUUUUCAAGAAAUACUUUCCAGAUUCCAUACCUCUGAUAGGAAUUGAAGCACUGAAGCGGGAUUAUUUCCGUUUGCCAGCCCAAGCAAUGAUCUCUGUGAAGUGUUCCUCCUUUCACAUCGGGGCCAAGUGUGUGCUAAUGGGAGAUGCAGCUCAUGCAGUAGUUCCCUUUUAUGGGCAAGGCAUGAAUGCUGGUUUUGAAGAUUGCAUUGUCUUUGAUGAAUUAUUGGACCAGUUCAACAAUGACCUGUCUAAAUGUCUUCCUGAAUUUUCAAGGCUGCGUGUACCUGAUGACCAUGCUAUAAGCGAUCUGGCUAUGUACAACUACGUAGAGAUGCGUAAGCAUGUGAACUCAAAAUGGUUUGUUUUCCGUAAAUAUGUGGAUAAUUUCCUCCACUUCUGUAUGCCAAACACCAUUGUGCCAUUGUACACCAUGGUGACUUUUACUAGAAUACGUUACCACAAGGUGAUAAAACGGCACAAAUGGCAGUCCAAGGUAAUCAAUUCCAUGUUGUUUGUUAUGGGAGUAUUGGCAACAAUAACAGGAGCAGUGAUGCUCUUCAACUACUUGCCCAAGUCGCUUCUCACCCUGGAGCUGUACAACUGGAAUUUUGGCUUUAAGUAAUCAAAUGAGAAACAAAAUGCUGGUUUGUAAAACAAAAAAAAGUGAAGUCAUUACUUUCUGUGUACAGGCAAGUCCAAAUUAAGGUCUGGUAGAAAAUACACACUGCCCACAAAUUUUUAGCACUGCCUGUAAUAAGUACAUUUUAAUCAUUACACCAACCUUGUUCUGCCUUUCUUACUGCUAUCAAACUUUGUGUUUGGCAGGAGAAGUGGGUCUGGUUUUUGGGUAGCUCCAGCCCACUAUUAACAGUGCAGCCAGCUUAUCAUCUUCUCCUUGUCCUGGUCCAAGAAACCAUAUUCCUUCACAAACUAGAUAGGAUCCUUAGAUCUGAAAGGUGUGGCCCUCUGCUGUAGGUAGAAUGCCACUGAUCACCUAAUUCAAGAAGGUGGCAGAUGCUAUGGCUGCCAAAUUAAGUUAGGUUGUUACAAAUUGGCUUACCCUUAUCCUGUCUGAACUGUUCAAAUAACGACCCCAGCAAUCAAGCUUAAAACAAAAAGAAAUGCUAGUUAAGAUUUCAAUUAAAGAACAUUUUCUGACUGAGCAAAGCAAAUAUGACUGAAAAAUAAAACCUACUGUUUAAUCCUUGGAA